AUGCCACAGUUGGACGAGAUCGAUAACAGUCCUGAGUUGAAGAGCGGCGAGGCAACAACGUUCAGGAGUGGAAUUGGAUUGUUGCUUUACCUGUCAGUUGAUCUUCCGGAAUGCCAGUGCGCCAUUCGUGCUCUCGCUUCGAGGAUGGCACGGCCAACAGUUCACUCCAUGCUAGCGCUAAGGCACUUGGCAAAGUACCUCAUCGGUGUGAGGUACAACGGUUUGAUGAUUGUGAAGACUGAUCCCGGUGAAGGGUUGAUGGGUCCAAGGACCGAUGCGGCAGAUCAAUCGAUUAUCCUCGAGAGCUUCAGCGAUUCGAACUGGGCCGCUUGUAAGGGGUCUAGAAAGAGCGUUAGCGCAAGUGUCAUUUGUGUCGCCGGCAACAUGUUGUUCAGCUCUUCGAGAACGCAGAGAGUGGUGGCACUUUCGUCAGGGGAAGCGGAACUUCUUUCGUCAGCGAGCAGCAUAUGUGAUGCACUUUUGAUCCGUGAGCUCCUCGAGUUCAUGGACUUCGGCAGGGUGAAGAUCUUUCACCACAUCGAUGCCAGCGCAGCUAAGGCGAUGCUGGAACGUUCCGGAGUGGGAAAAGUUCGGCAUCUUUCUUGCCGAAUCUUAUGGUGUCAACAAUUGAUUAAAUCCGGCGAGGUUGCUUUGCUGAAGAUCAGUACUACAUUCAAUCCGAGCGACCUUGGAACGAAAGGGCUAAGCCGGGCAAGAACACUCAUGCUGAUGUGCAUUCUGCGUGUUUGGGACGAGAUGUGUGAGUGCUUCGUUGGUUCCCAAGAGCUUCGAGAGGAGAGAGAGAAGCAGAGUUUCAAGCAGAGCAUGAAAGUGAUUCGCAACAUUCGUGUGCCGAUCAUGAUCUCAAAGAGUGCUUUGCGUGCAAUGGUUUCGGCCAGUUUGAUUUCGGGUGCAAGCGCCUUGGGCUUUGGCGGCGGGUUUGAGAUGUUCGCGAUGCUGUAUGCCCUGAUGUUUGAAGAGUUCCCGAUGAUGACGCUCAUGAUGCUCUAUCUCUUCACGCUGGCGGUGAUCGGGACGAUCUUGUGCAUGCGUCCUCAGUCGACUGUGAUUGUGAAGGGCUUUGAUAAAUCUUUGUGCAGCGGUGAACGCGCCAUUGACAUUUCAAGCCGAGCGAGUUCGAAAGAUUCAGCUUCCAGCUCAGUCACCGGUGAGGAGGUGGUGAUCAAGCAGAGGCGCAAUCGCAAGGUCAAAGAGCCAGUGAACCCAGUAUGGAUUGCGGGGGAGUAUGGGAAGAAGUAUCACAUGAUUGGGUGUGGCAAGUUGAAUGGCUCCUUGGAGGUGAGCGAGAUUUCCGAGGAGGAUGCAACCGCGAAGAAUUUGAAGCCAUGCUCAUUUUGCAAUCCCCGCAAGGUGUAUCAUCCUGAAGAGUUUGUUUCGAAGUCAAAUACGAAGUGA